UACUCGGACGUUUCUAUUUGGCUACAAAGAAAACCAGGCUAUUUAUUUAUCAACCACUGCCAGCUUUUCCUCCUCAUUCCCCAAGAGUAAAAAAACUGAAUCCGAGCUGACUUCUAAAAACAAAACCCCAACCCAUACAUGAUCACUCUAACGACAGCCCCAUCUUUGGCCUCAUCCUCCCUUUCAACGCCAGACGUGGGAACAAACUCCGACAACGACUUGCAGCCGAGGACUCUCUCAGCGCUUCCUCACGAGGGAGCCUCAGUGCGGGGCUGGUUCCAGACAGGCCGCACAGGAGCAGCAGGAGAAGGGAAGGGGCGGAGCGGGAGGCGGACGGGGAGUUGGGUUUUCUGUUGGAGGGAGGAAGAUGGCGGGGCAGGCGCCCGCAGGAUGGAGCUGAGGGAGCCGACGGGGCUGGGAGAGUGAGCAGCUGAAGCAGGCUGCCCGUGGGAAGGCAGAGAGGAAGGAAGGAAGGGCGGGAAUUUCACCGUGGCGGCCUGUGGAGAGAGCGGCUCUUCGGACGGGAGGAGGAGGAGGAGGAGGAGGGCUGGGGUUGAAGGGAUAGCAGCAGCAGCAGCAGCAGCAGCAGCAGCAGCAGCAGGGCUAGUCCCGGGGCCCGGCUAGGGGUGGAGGCGGGAAAGCCAGAGGAUGAGGAGUCCGGCGCAGCGGCGCUGCUGCAGCCGGAGGAGCCGCCCGAGUCCUGCUCCACGCGGCUGGGCCGCUCGCUGCUAGUCAGUGCUGGAGGCGGCGGCUCAGGGCGGUCCGGGCCCCGCGGCCGAACAGCGGCUGCUGGAGGGAGAGCGCUUGCAGCCGAGGCUUCGGCCCGGGUGCGGGGCUAUGCCGUGGCUAAGUGGAGGGCGGAGGAGGAGGCGGCAGCAGCAACAGCAGCAGCAGCAGCAGCAGCAGGCGACGGCAGCAGCGGCGGUGGCCACUAUGGGACAAGGGACGGGACAGCCACCGGUCGUGUCCGCCGGCGGCGGCCCGCGGGCCCGGGAGAGCUCGGAAUUGCCUUUGCCCGCAGGCUGGGAGGAGGCGAGAGACUACGACGGGCGCGUCUUCUACAUCGACCACAACACUCGGCAAACUUCGUGGAUCGACCCCCGGGACAGGAUUACAAAGCCAUUAACAUUUGCUGACUGUGUUGGUGAUGAACUUCCUUUAGGAUGGGAAACUGUUUACGAUCAACAAAUUGGUGUUUAUUACAUGGACCAUAUAAAUCAACUGACCCAAAUUGAGGACCCAAGAGAGCAGUGGAGAAGAGAGCAGGAGCGCAUGUUAAAGGAAUAUUUAAUUGUUGCCCAGGAAGCACUUAAUGCCAAAAAGGAAAUUUACCAAAUUAAGCAGCAGCGUUUUGAACUAGCACAAGAAGAAUACCAGCAGUUGCAUAAAAUGUGUGAGGAUGACAGUCGCUCUUAUGCCAGUUCAUUCUCUGGAUUUUCAGCCAAUACCAAAUAUGACCCGUGUCAGAUUAAAGCAGAAAUAGCAAGUCGGCGUGAUAGACUUUCUAGAUUAAAGCGAGAAUUGACACAGAUUAAGCAAGAGCUACAGUACAAAGAGAAAGGAGUGGAGACGCUACAAGAGAUUGAUCGUAAAAUGUCAAAUGCCCAUAUGAAUUAUAAGUUGGACGAAGCUCAAGCAAUAAUGAAUGAGCUGCGGACUAUCAGGAAGGCUAUCUGUAUGGGUGAGAGAGAGAGGCAAGAUCUGAUGCAGAGCCUGGCCAAGCUGACAGAUGGAUUUAGGAAUAGCUGUUGUAUUACAGAAUCUCUGCAGGAUCUUCAGCAUAAUUCAAGGUCUCUCAGUGACUCCGGUUUACCUCAACAACACUGUGACGCUUGUUCUCAAACUGACAUCAUUGGCGAGUUUGGAUUUGAUGAUAAAACAAGACAAGCUGACAAAGUAAAGUUGAGUUGGCAGUAUGAAGAGGCCAAAAAGCAGGUAUUCAGUAUACAGCAACAAUUGGCUCUACAAGAUCAUGAAUCUUGGCCCGGAAUGGUGGAGGCUGACAGAGAUCAUCUUCAGCUCAUCAAAGAGAAAGAGGCACUCCUACAGGAACUACAGCUUAUCAGUCAGCAGCAGCGGUCACCAGAAGACAUUGCACGUUUGGAAGAAGAAAAAAGGCGUUUGGAGGAUGAGAUCCAACAGGCUCGGGCUACAUCCCCUCAUGGGGCUGCUGAAAGGAUACUGUUACAGGAAAAGAAGAAUUGUCUGCUUAUGCAGUUGGAAGAAGCAACUCGUUUAACUUCCUAUUUACACUCCCAGUUGAAAAGCUUGUCUGCCAGCACCCUGACAAUAUCCUCUGGUAGUAGUCGAGGGUCAUUGGCAUCCAGCCGUGGAUCAUUAGCAUCCAGCAGGGGCUCUCUUAGUUCUGUGAGCUUCACGGAUAUCUAUGGUGUUCCUCAAUAUGAGAAAUCAGACAGUGCUACAGACUAUGGGCAGCAUAUACGUUAUGAUGCCAUUCCAGUUGAUUCUCACUGUAAAGAUGUACAGUAUCUGGAUUGCAUUGGACCUUCUGCUAGCAGUAAACAAAGAAGAUCAUUAGAUACACCUCUGUCCCUGGCAUCUCUGUCAUCACGAUCUUCUCUAUCCUCAUUGUCUCCUCCAAGCUCUCCUCUGGACACUCCAUUUCUAUCUGCUUCUCGGGAUUCCCCAUUGGCUCAGAGAUCAGAAGGAUAUGAGGAAAUGAUGGUCACAGGUGCCUUAGAAGUACUUCGAGCUCAGGUCUCUAUUUUGGGUGAAGAUAAAGUACAAGAAACAGUGUCAUCAAAGGCCCUUGAAUAUUCCUCAGGCAGUGAAGGUCUGAGAGAGGCAGGACUACAGCUGACAAAUAUUCCAGCCUCUGGAGCUGUGACCCUACGUGAAGACAGUGCUAGAAGGUUGGAGAGGAGAGCCAGGCGAGUCUCAGCAUGUCUGUCCAAUUAUUCACUGGCUAGUGACAGUGGCGUGUUUGAAGCUUUAAGCAAAAGGAAUGAGGAGGUUGAAGAAUCAAUUUACAGUGAUGCUGUUAAUAAUGAAGAGCCUCAAAUGCAAGUUGGAUUUCUACAUGACAGUGGCAGUGAGUGUCUCCUGGUCCAUGUGUUACAACUAAAGUAUUUUACUGGGUUUGCUGUGAAAGAAGGCUGUAAAAUACAUGUGAGAAUAUACUUACCAUCACUUGAGUCAGGCACAUCAACUACUUACUGCUCACGAGCUUUGGAAUUCCAAACUCCCUUAAUAUUUAACGAAGUAUUUCAAAUCCCUGUACAUUCAAGUAUCUUGAAACUAAAAUCACUGCAGCUUUAUAUCUGUUCAGUUGGCGAGCACCAGCCAGAAGAAUUGUUGGGUAUUGCGCAAAUUAGCCUAGCUGAUUAUGAGAGUUCCAGUGAGAUGCAGCUUCACUGGUACCCUAUCCAGAUCUUCACUGGUUCAGAUCAGCAGCAGACAAAGGAAGAAUUUAAGUGUGAAGAAAGCACUUCUCUAUGUUCUGAAAAUAAGACAACAGUGAAAAUGGAUGCUGUGACUGCACUGUUAGCUAGGACCACAGCUCAGCUGGAAGCUGUGGAGAGAGAGCUGGCAGAGGAGAGAGUUAAAUUGGAGUAUACAGAAGAGGAAAUAGUAGAGAUGGAACAAAAGGAAGAUCAGCUAGAAGCUGUAUCUGAGAGGAGUUGGCAAGCAGAAUCAGUUGAUAGUGGAUGUAGUAAUUGUUUGCAGACCAGUCCUCAGCCAGAGGCCUGUUGUGGUGAAUCAUUACAUGGUCAUAUCUUUGCACCUAAGACAGAUCAGUAUACCUCUGGAAAAGUCCAUCUGCCAGCUCUCAAGGUGGACAAGGAGACCAAUACGGAAGAUCUCUUCCCAGAAGAAAUAGCUUUGCAGCAUAAAAACAGAACUGGCCGUCGAUCCCGAGGGUCUGCAUUUGUUCGCAGUAGCACUAUUGUUCGCUCUCAGACAUUCUCACCUGGUGCACGAAGUCAGUAUGUUUGCCGAUUGUAUCGUAGUGAUAGUGACAGUUCAACUCUGCCACGAAAGUCGCCCUUCAUCCGAAAUACUUUGGAAAGGCGUACGCUGCGUUAUAAGCAGUCAUGCAGAUCAUCUUUGGCUGACCUUAUGGAAAGAACAUCACUAGACCUGGAGCUGGAUCUCCAGGCAUCCAGAACAAGGCAGAGACAGCUGAACGAGGAGUUGUGUAUUCUAAGGGAAUUGCGACAACGCCUGGAGGAUGCCCAGCUUAGAGGGCAAACUGAUCUGCCUCACUGGGUCCUUUGGGACGAACGAUUCCGAAAUUUGUUGAAGGAAGCAGAGAGGCAGACAAGACAGACCAAGUUUGAACAUCGUCAGCAACAAGCAGCUGAAAAACUGCUUAAAAAAGCAUCCAAAGAAGUAUACCAGCUGCGUGGUCAAAAUCAGAAGGAGCCUAUACAGGUGCAGACCUUCCGGGAGAAGAUAGCAUUCUUUACAAGGCCAAGGAUCAACAUACCUCCUCUGCCAGCUGAUGAUGUAUGACAUGUUACUUUGUGAACAUGAAGUAUUUAUCUGCCUCUUUUUAUUUUAAAAUGAAGUUAUUAGACUAGUUAAGUUUAUUUUUAAAAUCCAUUGUGCAAAAGACUAUUAAUAUACACAUUUUGUAAAAAAACCCCAAAAACAUAUAUAAAUAUAUACAUAUGAAUAUAUAUAUAUAAAUAUAUACAUACAUAUACAUACAUACACGUGUGUGUGUGUGUGUGUGUAUAUAUAUAUAUAUAUAUAUAUAAAAUAUAUAAUAAUGACUGCAGCAAGGCUUGGUUUUUCCUUGUUGUGAAAUUGACAUCUCUGAAGACAACUUAUUUUAUAUUAAAAAGAAAAAUCAACUAUCCUGUUAGAGUGUGUACAAUUUUUAUGCUGUUUUAUUUGACUUUAAGGGCUGGAAGACAGAAACAAAGUGAGUUCAGGCAAAUUCACUGUAUUGUAAUUUAUUUAUAGUAACUAGUUUUCCUUGAAGGAAAAUAUUUACUUUAAGAUGUAUUUUAAAGACUGAAAAUUUGUUACUCAGUAUUUGUCAUACAGUAGAAUGGAACCAUUGAGCUGGUUUUGUUUCUGAUAGCUGAAAUGAAAAUACUAUGUUCUAAAUUUGUCACUUUUUAAUCAGCUUUACUAUCUGUAUCUUAAAAUAUAACAUGUAUUUUUGGCACUGUCUUGAUAUCAGAAUACCACCUGCAAUUUUUGUUUUUUUUAAAUAUCCAUUAAAAUGCGAUUAAAUGUUGCAGGGUGCAUCUGCAUGUUCUUACCGUGCACUAGUAGAUUGUUCUCAUUUUAGUUGUGUCAACUAUGUAUUUUAUAAUUUUUACUAGUUUUUCUGUUUAACGAGGGAAGGAAGGUGACAGGUCUCUAUUUAGCUAUUGUUUUAGGGAAGACGCUUGUAAGUUUGCCAUAUUAAUAACUAACAUAGUAUUUGAACAGUUUCACUCUGGUUCUAUUCGAGAAAUUGUCCCUGAUUCAAGAAAUCAUACCAGUUAUCACAGAACAAUUAGUUUCCUUAUAAGUCUUGCAUUCCAAACUUAAUUGCCUGACAUCCAUACUAAUGCUGAGCUAGUGCAAUGAACAAAGUUGUGCAUCCACAAGAAUGUGCUGUAGCUUUUCAGAAUACAAAUGCUCACAUUUGUGCAGUCUCUUGCGCUCUUGGCAAUCUUGCACAAGUGUUGUGUUUGCGCAACAAGGAUAGCAGAACAUGAUGCAGAUGUCUACUUCUACACCUUGUUAUGCAAACACAAUUUCCCAACUUAGUGCAACAGCCUUGUGUUAGUACAACAUGUGUUUAUGCGAGUGCAGCAUUAGUCUGGAUCUCAGCCAUUUUUCAGUUAACUCAGCUUUCUUAAAUUCUGUUUGAAAAACUAUAUUAUUAUUAUUAUUAUUAUUAUUAUUAUUAUUAUUAUUAUUAUUAAUUCGAUUUCUAUCCUGCUCUUCCAAAAAUGGCUCAGGGCGGUUUACACAGAGAAAUAAUAAAUAAAUAAGAUGGCUCCCUGUCCCCAAAGGGCUCACAUUCUAAAAAAGCCACAAGAUAGACACCAGCAACAGUCACUGGAGAUACUGUGCUGGGGGUCGAUAGGGCCAGUUACUCUCCCCCUGCUAAAUAAAGAGAAUCACCACUGUAAAAGGUGCCUCUUUGCCCAGUUAGCAGGGGAGAUAACCAUUUUGUAUCUGGUGCUUGAUCUUAGUGCCCAGUAAAGUGAGACACUUUUCUAGUAGAGUUGAUGCCAUGAAUUCAGCUGAUGCACUUCAAAUAGCAGGUUAUGUUUGAACUUAAACCCUCUUCAGUUUCUGAGCCUGUGGCAGAUAAUACCUAUAUAUUUUCAGUGUCCCCCCACCCACCCCCCAUCAUGAGCGAUGACUAUAAACCUUCCUUUCUUCUUCUUUUUAAUGAAAGCUGGGGCUUCUCAGAAUUCCACAUCUGCUGCUAUGCAACAUUCAACUAUGUGGAAUACUGUAACAGUCUUGCAAAUAUUCCUCAAAAUGCUUCUGCCCAGCCAGUGGCGCAUUUUUAUUUUUAUUUUUAAUUAUUAUGCUUUCAACAACUAUAUUUCUUUAUUUCUGCUUCUUUCCAUUGUUUUUAGUUUUAUGUCAUUCAGUUUGUCAAAUAAAACCAUUUUAAGUUGUAAUCCUAGCUGCUUUACUGCUGGCAGCCUCUUCCAGCCUUGUAUUAGGUGCACUUUUAAAGUACUUCUAUGUUCUAAUAAUGAAUCUCUUGUUGAAUAGUAUAUGCCUUGGCAAAGAACUGAGAUAGUUACACUGAAUGGAAUUAACUUUGAUCACAAUUGGUAAAAUGGAAGUACAUACUAAAACUAAAUAGCUAAACAUAAUCUUUGAAAUAGAUUUGUUCUUCAGUUUGGCUCUGUAGCUUUGUAAGUGAACAUUUACUUGGCGUUUAGGACAGCUUCAUAUAUUUUUGUUAUAGGUUGUUAAUAUUGGGCUGUCACCUUAAAUUCCCGAGAGUGCCACUUUUUGUGUCUUGCAAAUGUAUGAAAAUAUUGUUUCUUGUGCUAUAAUAUUCAGCUUCAGUUACCCAAAGAAUUAUGCCCUUCAGAAGAUGACCUUUUGGGAACAUCAACAAGAAAUCAACACAGUUUUUAUAUAGGACACUGUUGAGUCAAAUUUUGGUUUUCACUGAAAGCUAAUAAUGCCUUAGGAAAUGUCUGAUACCAAAUAAAGUUUUUAAGUUCAAAACAAGCCAACAUUCCUACAGUGUUCCUUUGGAAGUCGAGCAUUUUGUUAAGAUCAUGAUAUCCUAAUGAUUACAUUGUUUGUUUUCCAUAGUCUGUCCACUUUGACAUUGUAAUUAUAAACCAUAUAUAGUGAAAAUUAUUAAAAUCCAGAUUACUGACUAAAUCUGUUAACAUGAAACAUGGGUUGAUGUGCUAUUAGACUUGAAAUAGUAAUUCCAGAAUACAGAAAACAACUUGAUAGGAAGAAAUGGUUGGAACCGGGAUAGAAGUCUAGAGGAAGAACUGCGGGUUAUUGCUCCAGUAGUUAUAAAUAGUUAGGAGAAAUUUAAGUCAUUUGUUUACAUGUUAUUUAAAUAUCAGUAUUUUCCAACAGGUAUCAGGAAGUGGGUCUUGAGUUAUUACAUUCUUAUAUAGUCCAAUCCUUGAUUUGUUUUGGCUACAAUUCAGCAACUCCAGUGAAUUUGUAGAAUUUAAUAGUCAGACAGGACUUUCCCAUGUGUUCAAUGUGUAUAAUAAUUCUUACCACAUAUGCAGGGUGUAUACUUGGAGAAUGAGAGUUGUCAGCAUAAAUACCUAGCCAUGUAUUAUGAGAAAUUAGGAUCAGUUCCUAUCUGUGUAAGUUAAAUCUACAUGACAUAAGUGGACUGUGCUUCAUUUGGAAUAGAAAAUAUUUCCUGAUAAAUUAUGCUGCAUUGUAGUGGAAGCUACUGUGCAGUGUGCUCACUGUGUAUAGGAGCAAUAAGAUCCAGACUGUCAAAAUGAAUACAAUUUCAGUGUGUUAAAAAGUAAUAUACUCUUCAGUAUUCAUUUCUUGUUUGUCACAAUUUCUGAAUGAUUGUGUUGCAUAUUAUUUGAAAAGUAUUCUGUUAAAUAAAAAGGAACUUGGCAUAAA